UUUCACUCACCCGCGAUUGCCGGAGGGUAGCGGUCGCGUCUCUAACCCCCGCGCGAACUUUUCUUCGCGUACCGAAUUACGUUCGAAGUUUGAAUUGAUUACGAACGAGUGUGAACUUUGUACCGGUGUGUGUGGUGAAUUUUAUUAAUAAUUAGUUUUCGAUGAGAAGCGUUUAGUGUUAAAAGAUGUGCCGAGCUCUCGCAUCCCUAAAAGAGCCGCCAAGCUGAUAAAAUCUGCGAAUUCAAUAAGCACUGGCUGAAAAGGACAUGGUAGAAACCAGCGAAUAGGUUUUUGCACAAAAGAUAGAAAAAGAAAAAUAGAGAGUUUAUAAAAAGGACGCACGAGUCGUGCCGCGGCAGUCGCGCAGGCGGCGCCGCGCGGUUCGGUUGUGGCUCGCUGGCGCUGCUGGUGGCUGGUGGCCGGCGUGGGAGUCGCCGGCGCGCAGCGCAGCCCGCUCGGCUGGGCCAUGGGCAGCUCACAGCGAUUGGCCGCCGUAGCGGCCGUCUCGCACGCGAGACACUACUACAACCACACACAGACUGAUACAACACAACCGGAGAACACUCACACAGUCAAUAUAUUUUUCGUCAGUAUAACGUUAUGCGGCGUGUUGGUGGCCGUGUGCGCCGCGUGCUGGCGACGCUCGUCACAUCCAGACAAGCCAGAGAACGUCACCGAGUGCCGCGGGGUGUAUAUUGUGAGCGCUGACCCUGCCUUCGCCCAGGCCCAUGUGGACACCGCCCUGCCUGGACCCCCGCCCGCGUACGAAACGGUGGUCGAGGGCCCCUUGCAUCAUGAAGAUUGUAUUAACGAUCUAAAGGAGGUGGUCACGGAGCCAUGCCCUCAGUGCCAGCACUCAUCGGGAUGCGACACCGAGUUGCCGUCGUACGAAGCAGCAGUCAUGCUUCGAGACACCAAGUUAUAAAAUGCCUUGUACUAGACGUAAUGUAGUUUUACUAAGCCCCUUGCAUUUAUUGAAGGGUAUUUUGAACAAUAUAGUUUAUAAUCAAAGCACUGCUGGAAUUUUAUAUUAAUCGUAAAUAUGUGUGAAAUUAAUAAUGUCGGUUGCAGAUGAAAAACUAAGCGAAGUUUGGCUCGUAUAGUCGUGAUAUUUUUCCAUACUUGUGUGCACUGUUAUGUAAACCAAGUGUAGCUUUCUCAGCCACGCUAGCUAAGCCAAGCUAAGCUUAGUUCUCGAUCUGCUACCUACAUAACACUAAACACGGACGCCUAAUAUAUUUUAGUGAAGAUAUAUAUGAUGUAAUACUGUAGUGAGUGGAAUAGCACUAAUCGAUGUUAUGCUUAACACAUGGUAGAAAAGGGCUCAGACUUUCCGACAUCCGUAGUGAAAGUUUUUAAAUAUUUUUAGUCGUAUAUUUUCGUGUGUUGAUCCUUUCUGUGAGGCACGGUGCGCCAUUCAUCAAAACUGUCAGAUAGCCCGUCUGAGGAUUUGAAACUACGCGCACUGAAUUUACACGAUGGAAGCGAUAGCGCGUGACCUGUAUCAUAUCUGAGGAUGGAUUUGUGUAUCGUAGACCUUAACAGUUAAAAGUAGAAAGAGGCGAAGUUUUUUUGCUCCUUAUACAGCUGUGGAUUGCGGAUAUCAAUAUUUUAUGAUAUGCCACUGCCAAGGGUGCACCUGCCUUAAACAUAUCUCGCAUUGCCUUAUGACAGUAGCAACAAAUAAGCACAGAAUUCUCCGCUUUAAGUUUUGUCAAAUCUGUCACCUUACCUUAUCUAUUUAAAUGAACUAUAUUAUGUUCUUAUAUUAUAUUUUAUGUAAGAAAGGUAAUAAUUUGUUUUUUCAGUAUGGGAAGUAGAUGUCGUCACUCAUUUUUUUUAUUUCAUUAUUAGAGAAACAGUACGCGUAAUAAACAAUAACUGUAUUGUCAUAUUUAUAAAUGAUAAGUAUUUAGACUAUAUUCAGUUAACUUUAUAUUUACUUGACAUAUUUUUUUUAUUAAAAUUAAAUAACUUAUCAUCAUAUUUCCAGUAAAUUAUAACAUAGCCAUUUUAAUCCUGUUUUUUUUCGCUUAUACGUUUUGUUUCAUCUUCUGUAUACUAAUGUUGGUUCCUGUAAGAUCUGCUGUAACACCAAGUAUUAUUAUAUUUUAAUCUGUUUAGAAAAGCUGAAACAUGUUUUGAUCUCAUAUUAAUAUUUGAAUUUUUAAUUAAAAAAAUACGAUAUGUAUGUUACAAUUUAAUUUCUACCUUUUUGUAUACACAUAUUAUUUGACUUAAAAUAUCUUAUGAAGGGAGAAAACAUUUUUUUGUGUUCCCCUACACAAAUUACAUAAUAGUGUUAUUAGUAAUAUUGUAACAUAACUAUAGGAAUGUAACAGUUCAGAUCAAGUCUUAUGACUAGACUAAGUAUAAGUUAUGAGCCUAAAUAACCACAAUAAAUAUUAACAUUAAUAUUGUAUGUGUUUAAUUUUAAGUUUUGUUACCAUCGCCAUAGCUGCUUAUAUUCGACAAACGUCAAAAUAAUUGAGCAGUCCAUGAUCGGUUUGAAGUUAGUCCAUUCAUCCGGGUUGUACUACUUUACGUAACGCGUUCCGUAGCUACGUUCACGUCGGUCGUAAAGUUUAAUGUGAACUGUCAGGCCAUAGUAAGCUAGGCAUUUAUAGGUCAAAAUACUUUUGCAUGAUGUUAAAUAGCUUAGAACUAUAGAAAGCGGCUGCAAGCAUGUUUUACAAAUAAAUAAAUAAAGAAAUUGUAUUAGGGGCCAUACAUAAAUUACGUCAAAUGAA